ACCCCUUCAAGUUAAGAGGAAACUUCAAAUAAAGGUUAAUACUAUGAGCACCACAUCCCAGAGGCCCCAUAGAAUGUUCAACUAACCACCAAAGAUGGCCUUGUUUAAUUUAUUUUCAAAAUAUACAUGCCAUUGGUUUGGUGUAAUGAAGUGCCUGGCCCUGUUGGAGCCAAUGGGCUGUUGAUUAGCAUGUUGUUGGUCAUUGGACUGUGUUCAAUGGGGCAGAAAGCCAGACCUGCUGCAGCAGACACAGUAACUCUCUCUGACCCUCUAACUGCUGCUCUGACCUUUCACUCUUAGGCAGAAUAUAUGCAAUCAGUCACCUCCGCAUCACAACACCAACUGGGUGACAUCACUCAAACAUAUGCAUGCAUCAGGGAGUAAGAAGAACCUGCCUGGUUUAUGUUUAAUAUAGAUCACUGAGUAACUGACUAAUAUGUAGAGACAAGGGCUGGAAAUGCAAACACACAGAUACAGUGAUGGUGAGAAUAAUACUGAAGUUAUUUUAGCCUGACAGUCAAAGGGUACAGUAGUAUAGCAAUGACAUGUUCAAAAGCUUUUCUGAUAUUCAGACGUUCUAGAAAAGCAUGAAUCUCUAUUUCCUGUAUUUCAAUGUUGUCUAGAGACUUUUUCCAGUCUGACGCAUGUUGUCAUAUCAGUACUGUGGAGUCACCCGCACCCAGCCUCUCUUUCCAGAUCUAUCUGGUGUCCACUUCUGUAACUGUAACCCAAUUAAAGCAGAGCAAUGGCUUUCAUUAUUGAAACUGAGAGGCAACAGCCACAGGCUGUUCUGUGCCUUCCAAAUCUGCAGAAAAAUUUAAGAUAGCUAUAAAGGUGAAAAUAUUUUGUUUCUCUUCUGUAAAUAUUGAUUCUGCACGCCAUCAGGUGUAUUGUUGUAGCAGCAACUAGUGAGGAUCCUAAUAAAAUACUACAUAUGUGAGUAGUAAGGCCAAAUACAUCAACAAUGAGAAGUGAACACUUUGUCAUGCACCUUUUGGAAAUCACCCAUCCUUAGCUGGGCUGGGGAUGGGGGAGGGGGACCCACCUUAGCUGGCUGGGGACUCGCCUUGCCUUGCUGUCCACAUCCUCUUGUUUCUGCUGUCCUGUCUCAUUCUGAAUGUGACAUCUCGAGGGAGCCUCCUCGUGGCGCCCGCACAUAUAAAACCAGUGGUUUGCAACUCCCGGACACUGAGUCCAGCCUCGCCCCACGCACGCGUCACCGCUUAAUGCAUGCUUCAGCAGUUCAGCAUCCUCUGCCCCGACCAGCUCAGUGGAAUUAACAGCACAACAGCUACCGGACAAAAUAACUCUCCUCUUCUUUAUAGUAAGUGUGCCCAGAGCUUUUAUUCAUCAUUAUUUAUUCAGAGCGUGAAACGUUCGUUUCAAAAUAUAUAUAUGUGUGGAUUAAUAAUUAAACGUCACUGCUAGUUUAUUCAAUCUCAAAGGGGCUAUUACGAAAAUGUGUAUGAUUAAAAAAUAUCAUCUGCCUUCCUAAUUUCUAAAUCAGUUUUAUUGUGAAAAAAGUUACGCUUUUUUUCGCGUUCAUAGUUGGCUACACAAUCAAUGCAAUGCGAUUGCUUUUCGAUUUUUAUGCUCAUCCCAUACACAUUCAAGGCUACCAUAGGCUACCUCAUUAGAAUGUGCGUGUCCCUGUGCAGGACGGGUGCCAAGGACCACACCCAUUCCGGCAAGUGCUCUGGUUCUCUGGUGAUGUGCCCGUCCUGUAAGGGACACAGUUGCCAUUAGGGAGAAAGCAGAGGAUGGAGUGUGAGGAAAGGACGUGAAAUUAGGAAACCAACAGGUGAUGUAGUUUAUGAUAGAACAACGACGACAGGUAGACUAGACUAAUGGUUAAAAGCGUUGAGCCAGUAAGCGAAAAGUUCGAAUCCUGAGCCGAUUAGGUGAAAAACAUUUAGUUGAGCAAGGCACUAAACCUAAUGUAUCAUAUAAGUCGGUCUGGAUAAGAGUGUCUUUUAAAUGACUAAAAUGUACAAAAAAAUUAAACAAUUAAGAAAUGCUGGCUCAGAAUGAACAAAGUGACUACCAUGAAGCCUAUGCAUUAUUUAUGGCUCUGAUGUCAAUAACUGGACUUUAAUACAAACAUUAUAUUGCUUGACAAUGUUCAGUUUUGUACAUGAUGUAUUGUUUUUGUAUAGCAGGUGCAGGCUGCCAGUGCUGAAACUGCUCCAGGGUGUUGGUCAGCAGAGCUGCAGACUACUUGUCCGUCUGUCUGUCUGUCUGUCUGUCUGUCUGUCUGUCUGUCUGUCUGUCUGUCUGUCUGUCUGUCUGUCUGGGUGAGCAGGACAGAAGGAGCAAUGGCUAACAGGGGACCCAGUUACGGGCUGAGCAAGGAGGUGCAGGAGAAGAUAGAGCUGAAGUAUAAUCUAGACUUGGAGGCCCGGCUGGUGGACUGGAUCGUAGCUCAGUGUGGGGGGAACCUGGAGAGACCACAGCCAGGCAGACAGAACUUCCAGACAUGGCUGAUGGAUGGAACAAUUCUCUGUAGGCUCAUCAAUAGCCUGUACCCGCGUGGUAAGGAGCCCAUCAAGAAGAUUCUGGAGACUCAGAUGGCCUUUAAGCAGAUGGAGAAGAUCUCCCAGUUCCUGCAGGCAGCAGAGGUCUACGGAGUCAUCACCACAGACAUCUUCCAGACCGUGGACCUGUGGGAAGGGAAGGAUAUGGCCGCAGUGCAGAGAACCCUGAUGGCCCUAGGUAGUGUCGCCCUCACCAAGGACGAUGGACAUUACCGUGGCGACCGCGACUGGUUCCACAGGAAAGCCCAGGGUUACCGGCGGGAGUUCUCUGAGGACCAGCUUCGUCAGGGCCAGAGUCUGAUUGGUCUGCAGAUGGGAAGCAACCGCGGGGCCUCUCAGUCCGGCAUGACAGGCUACGGAUCGCACCGCCAGAUCAUGUAGAGACACCAGCCAGCCGCUCAGCCAGCUGCCAGCCGCUCCCUCUGCAUGGCUGUGUACUCCAGAAGAAAGCUCCAUCCCGCCCCUGGAACCUCAUGAUAUGACCCAACCACUUUUCCGCCUUCCCCAGAAGCACUAGCAAAUCACACACACACACACACACACACACACACACACACACACACACACACACACACACACACACACACACACACACACGCUUUUACUGUUCAUCCUCAACCCAAACAGAGUGCUCCUUAUACCCCAACCACAAUUCUAUAGACCUCAGUGCUUUCUGCUUCCCCCACCCCCGCUCUCCGUCCAUAUGGUCCCACUCUCUCCGUCCAUAUGGUCCCACUCUCUCCGUCCAUAUGGUCCCACUCUCUCCGUCCAUAUGGUCCCACUCUCUCCGUCCAUAUGGUCCCACUCUCUCCGUCCAUAUGGUCCCACUCUCUCCGUCCAUAUGGUCCCACUCUCUCCGUCCAUAUGGUCCCACUCUCUCCGUCCAUAUGGUCCCACUCUCUCCGUCCAUAUGGUCCCACUCUCUCCGUCCAUAUAGUCCUGCUAGCCAUUCCCUUCAGUGGAUGAAGUCUUCGUAAUUCAGUCGGUACAGAGAACCCAAGAUUGAAGUCAUCCCUCUACAAAACAAGCAAAUGGUAUUUUACACUUCUAACAAAUAUUAUAGCACGAAACGUUAUAGCAUGUUACAUAUUUUAAUGAACUGUUUGUUUGUAUGUACAGUAGGUGUGUCUGAGUCAUUGUAUAGUCAUUUGGGAGGGUUUGCUAUACCUCAUGAAAAGUUUAAUGUGUAACCGAAUGGAACUCAGUGAACGAUGAUGCCUCGGAUGUCUUGUGUCAAUAUGUGAAGACUUUGUGGUAACUUCUGUAACCAAAUGACCAUCACAUUGUGCCUGGUUAAUAUAGCAAAGGGACCAUAAACUAUGCCUUGUAUAAGAGAUGCCACCCACCCAAAUGCAGAGGAAUUCAUAGACCUAAAUUCAGUUCUGUUUUUGUACUAACAUUCUGUGCUGUGCAUUUAUUACUUAUGUAUAAUUGAUGUAAUGUACUUGUAUGUGCCCACUGUCCAUGUGUGUUUCAGCCAAUCCCAUGAUUGUUAAAGACCCACAGUAUGAAAGUGAGAGUAGGAUCAUUUUGUUCCAGGCCUGAUAUUGCUUGAAUGUAUUUGUUUUCCCCUUCAAUGUAAUUUGUCAUGUUUACAUAAACAAAUAUGUUUAUAUCUGAAUCAUUGUGUGUAGAAAAAUAAAUUAGGUGAAAACUGA